AUGACACCAAUUAAGACAAAGCUCAUGACUUCCCAUUUCAAGCAUCGUCUGCCUGACGCCCAAUCUACUUUUUCGGAGACUUUUAUCCCCGCAGUCUGGUCUGAGCCUGGUAUGAUCACCGAGGUGGAGCCGGCUGCCUAUACACAAAGCGGGGGUGUCACUUCAUCCUUCUUCACUCAUUGGUUUACAAUUCUAGGGAACAUGAUUCAGACAUGA